AUGACAGAAAUGCAAGCACAGAUGUCUCACGCAAUAGAAGUACUUAACAACUUGACACAAAGAAUUACAAAAGUAGAAAGAUAUCUCAACUUAGAAAAAACUAACAACAGACAAAAUAAUGAUGAAUUAGAUA